GAGACGCGUCGACGCGCUGAGUUACGAACGCGUCUGUCACGCGUCACACGGCAUCGAGUUAUGUCUGGAGCGCCCGUGCACAGUCAAUAUUGAAAUCCAUGAUGAUGUCCUCAAAGGCUGCUGUGCCCGAACCCGAUGUAAAAAGUGGCAUAGACUACUGGGCCAGCCAGCCGGCUAGUUACGAUGGCGUUCUUGGUAAGCAUAGGGUCUCAAUGCCAUUGUACGACUUGACUGACGAGACAGGUGGGUUUGGCACUGGGUCUCUUCCACGCAUCGAUGCUCUUGGAUCACGGGAAUUUCUCCUCUACCUGAUGCCUCAGCUAUGCACUGUCCCUUCCGCAAUACGGCCGCUGGACGCGCCCAAGGAGCUCCCAAACAGAAUUCGUGCCCUGGAAGUUGGAGCCGGUAUCGGACGCGUCACUGGAGACGUACUCUUGCAUCUUGUAUCCGACGUCGUGCUUGUCGAACCGGUGGACACUCUCGUCAACGAAGCCCUCGCACGCGGGAAGGCAAGCGAGAUAGGUGCCCCGAAAGGGGACAAAACGUUCGUCCGAUGGAAGGGCAUCAAAGAGAAAACAAAAAGUGUCACAAUCAUUCAGAACACGCUUCAAGACAUUGACCCCUGCAACGUCUCGAAAUCCACUAAGAUCCUCGGUCGAAUAGGGUAUGAACGCACUGCAGAGGGAACUGAUUUGGAUUCGCCCUUUGAUGUGGUUUGGUGCCAAUGGUGUCUUGGCUCACUUAGUGACACGGAUCUCGUAGAAUUCUUGAAGCGAAGUCGCGCUGCCUUGCGUGAUGCUAGCUCGAGCGUGAUCAUAGUCAAGGAGAAUUGCUGCUCGGACGCCGAAGGUGGAGGGCCGGCCACGGAGUUUGACGAGACAGAUUCCAGUCUCACGAGAUCAGACCAGGCAUGGAAGAAAGUUUUCAAAGACGCCGGCCUGCGGCUGAUUCGUGAACGAGUCCAGGGCGGUUUUCCUCCGGGUCUUUACGUUGUGAAAAUGUAUGCUUUGCGGUGACCAGGGUGGACCCUUUCCCAGUAUCGACGAGCGAUACCGCAUCAGUCGGCGCUUACAUCGUGGUCCCAGGCAUCGCUGAGAGCACGGUAGACGAUGAUGGUAUUAUUGUACAUA